AUGUCAAAUACUGUUGACAGUAAAAGAGUGUCAGAGACUCAGCACCCUGAGCGCAACGUGGUGGUAAAGAGAACAAAGAUCACAGACUUUUUCCUGGUCAAGAAGAAGCCUGCACCACCGAAAGACGUAAGCUCUACUGAGUCGAAACAAACAAUCAAGACGGUAACAACUACAACGACAUUGAAACUAAAACCAACCCAGCCAGCCGAAACAGCUCAACAAUGUGACCUGUUGGAUGAAGACGCCUUCUCUACAAAGUACAACUUCAAUAAAAAAAAGUGGAUAGAACUGCUUUCUCCAAAAUAUCUCGAGCUUUUAGACCUCGAAAUCAACUAUUUACACAUUUCCUGGUUGACUUUUCUUCACAAAGAACUCACGAAACCCUACUUUCUCAAAUUGAAACGGUUUCUCAAAGCUCAGGCCCACAAGACGGUAUUUCCUCCUAAGCACCAGAUCUACUCCUGGUCCCAUUUCACACCACUUCCACAAUUGAAGUGUCUUAUUUUGGGCCAGGAUCCAUACCAUAACUUUAACCAGGCCCACGGGUUGGCAUUCUCUGUUUUGGAGCCCACAAAACCGCCUCCUUCUUUGAAGAACAUCUACAAAGGUAUUCAAAACGACUACCCCAAGUUUGAGCCUCCCAAUAGUUCUCAGGGUGGAGGUGGUAAUUUGACCAAGUGGGCUAAGAGGGGUGUCCUCAUGUUGAACACCUGUCUCACGGUAGAGGCGCACAAAGCCAAUAGCCAUUCGAAACAAGGAUGGGAAACAUUUACCCAAGAGGUCAUAAAUACAGCGAUAAACUACCACCAGAACCAGGAGAAUUCGGGGUUCGUGGUGAUGGCAUGGGGAAUGCCUGCGCAGAACACCGUGGGUCAAUUCCCUAAUUUGCAAAAGACAGACAACUUUCUUGUUUUGAAAACGUUCCAUCCGUCGCCAUUCUCAGCUGCAAAAGGUUUUUUCACUGCCCAGUGUUUCCGGAAAUGCAAUGAGUGGCUCGAACAACAGGGCAAGCAACGUAUUGAUUGGGCACUUUUAGACUCGAACCAAAUCUUUACUUGA